AUGGAAGAAGAACAACCAAAUCAUUCUAUUCAAGAAACUUACAACCUCACCAAUGGAGGCAAUCGAAACAUCAUUUUCGGAAAAUAUGAGAUGGGAAGGGUUCUAGGACAAGGCACUUUUGCCAAAGUCUACUAUGGGAAAAACCUUCAAUCCUCCGAAAGUGUAGCGAUUAAGGUUAUAUACAAAGAUCAGGUGAAGAAAGAAGGCAUGAUGGAACAAAUCGAGCGUGAAAUCUCUGUUAUGCGAUUGGUUCGACACCCCAACGUUGUCGAAAUCAAAGAAGUGAUGGCCACUAAGCAGAAGAUCUUCUUUGUAAUGGAAUAUGUAAAAGGAGGAGAACUUUUUGCCAAAGUUGCGACAGGGAAACUGAAAGAAGAUUUGGCCAAGAAAUAUUUUCAGCAGUUAAUUAGCGCGGUGGAUUAUUGCCAUAGCCGCGGCGUUAGCCACCGUGAUUUAAAGCCGGAAAAUCUGCUUUUGGAUGAAAAUGAGAAUUUGAAGGUGUCGGAUUUUGGGUUGUCGGCCUUGCCUGAGCAGUUGAGAAACGACGGACUUUUGCACACUCGUUGUGGGACUCCCGCAUAUGUGGCGCCGGAAGUUCUGCGGAAAAAAGGUUAUGAAGGAGCAAAAGCUGACAUUUGGUCAUGUGGGGUGAUUUUAUACGUCUUAUUGGCUGGAUUUCUCCCAUUUCAAGAUGAAAAUAUGAUGAGAAUGUAUAGAAAAAUUUUCAAGGCAGAAUUUGAGUUUCCACCCUGGUUUUCACAUGAAUCGAAGAGGUUAAUUUCAAGACUUUUGGUGGCUGAUCCCGAAAAACGAAUUACAAUUCCAGCAAUUAUGAGAGUCCCUUGGUUCUACAAAGGGUUCACUAGGUCGAUUUCUUUUUCAAUUCAAGAAACAGUUCAAGAAAAUGUUGAUGCUUCAGAAGAGAGUAAAGAACCAGAUUUGUUAAGAUCAAAAUCAUCCCCUCCUUUCUAUAAUGCAUUUGAAUUUAUAUCAUCGAUGUCUUCGGGAUUUGAUUUGUCGACUUCGAAGGUCAUGAGCAAGCUAGAAUCAGUUGCCAAGAAGCUGAAUUUUAAUGUUUUGUUAGCCAAGGAUUUUAAGAUGAAAAUGCAAGGGGUUUCCGAGGGACGAAAAGGGAAGUUGUCAGUGACAGCAGAGGUGUUCGAGGUGGCACCGGAGGUGGCGGUGGUGAAGUUCUCCAAGUUCGCCGGUGACACACUUGAGUACCAAAAGUUUUGUGAGGAGGAUGUGAGGCCUGCCCUUAAAGACAUCGUUUGGAGUUGGCAAGGGGAAAGUUGUAUCUGCCUAGACUAA